AUGCAAAAAAGUGUACUAAAUUUACUCAAAAUUAAACAUUUGGAGAAGGUUAAUAAUUUUAUUUUUCUUUUGAAAAAAAAUAAAAAUAAAAAUAAAUAAUUUAAAUUAAUAUAAAUAUUAUAUACAUAUAUAAAAAAAGAUUAUAUAUAUGAUAAUGUGAUAAAAUCAAAAUAAAAAUAUAAUUGUUUAUUAAAAAAAAAAAACAAAAACCAAUUGUUAAAAGAUAUAAAAAUAACCACAGGCCUUCCUGAUUAUAAUUUAUGCGAUAACAAAAUAAAAACUAACAAAUAUACAUUUUACAAUUUUCUGCCUUUGAAUAUAUAUUAAUAGUUUACCAAAUUAACAAACAUAUAUUUUUUAUUCAUAGGAUUAUUAUAAACUGUUCCUUAAAUUUCCACUUCGUAUUCUAUUCCUUUAAUUUUUGUUCCUUUAAUAAUAAUUAUUUCAAUUUCUGCAAUAAAAGAUUUCUACGAAGACUAUAAAAGAAUGAAAAGUGACAAAAUAGAAAAUAAUCUUCUAGUGGAAGUUUUAAUGAAAGACUAUUCAUGCUUUUAAAAUAUUUAUUGUUAAGAUUUAUAUCCUGGACAUAUAAUAAAAGUAAAUAAAAACUAGUAAUUUCCUGCAGAUAUUCUUUUACUUUACAGUUCUGAAAUUGGAGGUUAAUGUUAUAUAGAAACAAAAAAUAUUGAUGGAGAAACUGCUUUAGAUAUAAAACAAACUAAUUAAAAAAUAUAAUCAUAAAUAAAAAAUGAAUAUGAUUUUGAAAACUAAAAAUUUAUAGUUAAUUAUGAAAAACCUAAUUCUAUAAUUUAUAGAUUCAGAGGAUAUAUUAUUACAAAAUUAGAUGAAUAAAUACAUUUAUAAUACUAAAAUAUUGUUUUAAGAGGAUGUAUUUUGAAAAAUACUGAUUUUAUAGUAGGAAUGGUUUUAUAUACAGGACAUAAUUGUAAAAUAAUGUUUGAUAAUUUGCAGAAUGUUUAAAAAAAAUCUUUAUUAGAAUAAACAAUGGAAUCCUACAUAUUAAAAAUAAUAAUAGUUUUAUUUUUAAUAUGUAUUUUCUGUUCUACUUUUUAAUUAUUAUAUUUUUAUUUAAACAUUAAAUGUUACUAAUAUUUAGGAAUAUAACCUAAUUAAGAAUACUUUAUACUUUUCUAAUUUUUAUAUGAUUUUGGUAAUUGGAUUCUUAUAUUUACUAAUAUAGUUCCUAUAAGUCUUAUUGUGACUUUAGAAACAGUUAAAUUUAUAUAGGGAAUAAUUAUAAGUAAAGAUCCAUAUAUGGACAAGACUAAGGUACAUAUUUCGAAUUUAAAUGAAUAGUUAGGAUAGAUAAACUAUAUAUUUUCUGACAAAACAGGUACAUUAACUUAAAAUGUGAUGAUAUUGAAAUAAAUUGCUAUAGAAGAUCAUGUAUAUGGAAAUAUAGAAAAUCCUUAAUAAAUAAAACUUUCUAAAAAAAAUAUUAAUAAAUAUUACCCAUAAAUAUCCUAAGUAGAUUUUAGAGAUAAUGUAUUUUUAGAUAUUAUAAAAAAUGAAAAUAACGAUAAUUAGGAAUAUAAAAAAAUUAUCAAUUUACUUUUUAUGUUGGCUGCAUGUCAUACAGUUAAUUCUGUUUUAGAUAAAAAUAAAAAUUCUCAUUAUGUAGCUUCUUCGCCAGAUGAAUAUGCGAUAGUUAAUUUUACGAAAUUUGUUGGAGUAGAAUUUCUUAUGUUAGACAGUGAAAAUAAUAUUAUUAUAAAAUAUCAAUAAAAAAAAUAUAAAUGGAAAUUAUUAUAAGUAUUUGAGUUUAAUUCUUAAAGAAAAAUGUAAUCUGUAAUAAUUAAAAAUCAUGAAAAUAAAUAUUAUUUAUAUUCUAAAGGAGCUGAUUAUAUAAUAAAAAAUAAAAGAAGUUCCUAAUCAGAUGAAUUAAUGAUUCGAAAUCUAAAUGAGCAUUUAAUUUAAUUCGGAAAUAAAGGUUUGAGGACAUUAAUGUUAGCCGAAAGGGAACUUACUGAAGAAUAUUUCGAAAAAUGGAAUUCUAAAUAUUAAAAUAUAGUAGAUUCUUUAGAUUUAGAAAAAGAGUUUAAAAUAGAAAAAUUAUAAGAUGAAAUGGAAUAAGACUUAAAUAUAUUAGGAGCAACAGCAAUAGAAGAUAAAUUAUAGGAUUAAGUACCUGAAACAAUUGAUUGUAUAUUAAAAAGUGGAAUAAAAGUAUGGAUUUUGACAGGAGAUAAAAUAGAAACGGCAAUAAAUAUUGCUUAAUCAAGUAAAUUAAUAUCUAAAGAAUAACAGAAAAUAAUUGUAGAUUUAGAAGAAGAAAAUGAGUUGUUUAUUUACCUUAAGGAUAUUCUAAAAAGUAUAAAUGAUUCAUAAAAAAAUUUCCUUUAAAUUAAACAUUAAUAAAAUAAUUAAUAAUUUAUAAAUUAAGAUAAUUUUAAUAAUUAUACUCUUAUUAUUUCUGGAACAUCACUUAAUCAUUUUUAAAUACCUCAUAUAAAAAAUAUAAUUAUGGAUAUAGAAAAAUAUUGUAAAACAGUAUUAUGUUGCAGAGUAACUCCUAAAUAAAAACAAGAAAUAGUAUUAACAGUUAAAACACAUAUUAAAAAUUCUGUUACUUUAGCAGUAGGAGAUGGAUCUAAUGAUGUAAAUAUGAUAAAAAUAGCACAUGUAGGGGUAGGUAUAUAAGGCUAAGAAGGAUAAUAAGCUGCUAGAGCUAGCGAUUAUUCAAUAAAAGAGUUUAAAUAUCUAAGAAGUCUUCUUUUUUAUCAUGGGAGAGAAUGUUACAGGAGAAAUUCUAAAUUAGUUUGCUAUAAUUUCUAUAAAAAUAUUCUUAUUAUUUUUCCUUAGUUUUGGUAUAUAUUAAUAUUUUUCAAUAUACCAUAUUAUUAUAUUAUUUAUAUUUAGAUUUUCUUUUUAAUUCAAAGGUUUUUUGGAUCUGGUUUUCUUCUGCAAUUUUUUAAUCCUUUAUUGUCCUUUAUGUCAGUUUGA